AUGACAGUAUCACUGGUCUUUAAACCGCGCUGGGUCGACUCUGUGAUGUACCUGUAUGAAAACAAGUUGGAUGAGGUUAAUAAGAACAGCGGCGCGAUGGAAGGGUUCGUCAGUGCGGGGAAUUUCUCCGCGAACCAGUGCAGGAACCUGAUGGCCCAUUCUGCGCUCGGACCUCAUUCUUCCCCUUUGGUUCACGGCUCCGGCUACCCGGCAGUCGACAUCCCGGGCCCUGGGGUGGCGGAACCCGGCAAACAGUGCCCCCCUUGUCCAAUGCCCCAGGCCUCCAGCGCUCCUCCGUUGCCGUAUGGAUAUUUUGGCGGCGGUUACUACUCCUGUCGAACGGGUCGAAGCUCCAUCAAACCUUGCACCCAGCCCGCCGCGCUCUCCACGUACCCGGGGGACAAGUACAUGGACAGUCCUUUGCCUCCUGAUGAGUAUACAGGACGGCCGAAGGAAUUCACCUUCUACCAUGGCUACGCGAGUCCCUACCAGCCAAUGCCGAGUUACUUGGACGUCUCUGUCGUCCAGACGAUCAGCGGCGCGGGGGAGCCGAGGCACGAAGCCUUGCUUCCCGUGGACGGCUACCAGCCCUGGCAUCUGAACGGAUGGAACGGUCAGAUGUACUGUUCGAAGGAACCGGCGCAGCCGGGGCAUCUGUGGAAAUCCACGCUUACAGAUGUCUCUGUCCACCAGCAGGACGGCAGCUCCUUCCGCCGCGGGAGGAAGAAGAGGAUUCCUUACACCAAAGUCCAGCUGAGAGAACUGGAGAGGGAGUAUGCAACAAACAAGUUCAUCACGAAGGACAAGCGAAGGAAGAUCUCGGCCGCUACGAACCUGAGCGAACGGCAGAUCACCAUCUGGUUUCAGAACAGGAGGGUGAAGGAGAAGAAGGUCAUCGCCAAAGUAAAAUCUAACGCACCUUAA